AUGACGGUGGAGGGGUUUGGUGUCGACGGCGAGGGUGGCGGCGGCGGCGGCGAUGGGCCUGGCGGUGGUGGCUUUGGCGAUAGGACUCAGGCGGGGGGCGGCCAACGCCAACACUCGCGGCGCUUGUCCGCUGCGUCGAUGGGAGUGUCGGGCGAGGUCGGAGGAGGUGGAGGAGGAGGAGGAGGACGGCCGUGGCAUUCAGCUCGCAGGACGAAGAAUCGCGGCAAGAUACCACCCGAGCAGCCGGAAUCGCCACCCCCGUUCAGGACCGUGCGGCCGUGCUCGUACUUCCACGUCCCGUACCACCACCGCAAGGCCCCCUUCGCCGACAUGCGGCUCGUGCCGUGCGGGAUGUGCGGCCGGAAGUGGGUGGCGGAGACGGUUCUUUCGACUGUCGAGGCCCCAGAGAACCUGAUCUCGAGGGGAGAGGGGUGCCUGGUCGAGGCACGUGUCUGCAGGGUCCACAGAAGGCAGGGGACGAGCGAGCUGGAGGCCAUCCGGGUUUCCGAAGCCUUGCCUUUCAUGGAGUACGAGCUGCAGCGGCAGCUGAUGCUCAAGCUCAAGUGCCUCGGGGUCAACGCGGCGUUCUCCCUCCGGUCUGACAUUCAACUAGGCCCACGUCUGAUGGUGGGAUCAAUCUCAGCCACGGCGGUGUACGUGGAGUCGCUGCCGACGCCCCCCCAGCUGGUGGUGGCCAGGCCGCCGCGGUCCUUGCAUCAAGACGGAGGAGGGGGAGGCGACGCCCGGAGGAGGGUGUUGGCGCUGGCAUCGAGGGUAGAGCGGAUCGGCGCUGUCAAUCGGCAGCGUCUUCAGGCGUUGGCGCCGAAGAGACGCCGGCUGCGAGGGAGGCGCAAGAAGCGCAGCUCCAAGUCAAGUUCCCGUGGCGCAGUCAAUGGCGGUCGCGCCGGCGGUUCCGGGUCGUCUUCCGCGGCCACCUCGGCCGCCGGGCAGCACCAGCACCAGCACCAGCACACACAACCACAACCUUUGCCGUCACGAAAUCAACAGAGCAGCCCCCCGGGGGGUGUGCGGAGUCUUCCCACGCUCCGCGGAGGGGUUGGCGACGGCGACGGCCGGCGGCGGAGUGGCGACAGCGGCAGCGUUGCCGGCGGCGGCGAUGGUGGUUCCACGAUGACGUCAUCCAUGGGCGUCAUUGUUGAGGUCUCCGGGGGCCCCGACGAUUCCUCCCCUGGGGGUACGGAACCCGGAGCCAGCAGCGGCGACUGUGGUGAUGGGCGUGGUGGGACGGCGAGCGGUGUCGGCGGCGGCGGCGGUGCGCCGCCAGAAAGUGCCCACACGCCGGAUGCGGAGUCGGAAAUGGUUGAGAGCAGCGGGCAAGCUGCUGCAUUGCAAACGACGACAGGCACAGAUGCUGCUACUGCGGCCGCCGCGAUGCAGGCCGUCGAUAAUGAUGGCGAGGUGACUGGGACUGCGACGAGUCAGAAACCCCGAACGGCUGCUCGUUUGCUGCCGUCUGAGGCCUCCACCGGCGCGCAACGCGGGGGCGCCGUGGUUUCGUCAGCCGCCCCCCCUCCCGCCGCCGCCGCCGCCACCGCCGGCCGCGAGACUCUGCUGCGCGGCGGCGGUGACAACAGCAGCAGCAACCAGGACGACAUGAUGAUGCACUCGCCGUCGGAGAUGGGGACGUUGUCGGACCAUGAAGACGAAGACGAAGACAACGAGGAGGAGGAGGAUGAUGGUGGCUCUACCUCUGAUGGGUCUACGUCGUCUUCGAAUUCGUCGUCUUCUUCGUCGUCUUCCUCUUCCUCGUCCUCGUCCAACUCGUCUUCCGGUUCCUCUUCCGACCGGUCGUCUCAGACGGACCUUGGGUUGUUGGGCUCGCAGGCGUUCAUCUACUCAGGGGAACAGUACGGCGCCGGGGAAGAGGAGGAGGAGGACGAGGAGGACAAUGACAACCAGCAGUCGGACCCGGAGUGGGAGGAAGGGGAGGAAGGAGCCGCGAUAAGGAGGCGUCGCUUCACGGACAACCGCGGCGCUUUCGUGCUAGAGGUGGACGAUGAGACUGACGAGGACACCAUGGCCGCCCUUCUCGACAAGCAUCUCCCACCCGGGGUGGUCAUGUGCAACGGCACCAGGGUGCCAGGCGGCCGCCCGGCCCUCGCUAACGCCCAGAUGAUGGUCGCGAUGAAGAGGGUCAAGUGGGACGGCAUCACCACCGGUUCGGGCUUGACCGCUUCCGUCGCCAAGGUCCACGAAGAGCUCAAGGCGAGGUUGCUCUUCAAGGCGAGGUACCUGAUCCCGUGCUCGCUAUGCGGCCUCAACACGAAGGUCAGCCUGACAGCUGACAACAUCAUGGAGCUGGUUUCAACGUGCAUGGUGGUGCUGGAGGCGCCGUUCCCGACGGCGAGCGCCAUCUCUCGGCAGGCCUCGAGCGCCCAAAAAGGCAGCGGAAUUGCUGCUUUUUCUACGGCCAACAACGCCACGUCGAAUCCCCACGCUAGCUCUGCGGACAACGCCUUCGCGCACUCUGCCCUGCUGGCCGUGAUGCGCGACCCGGCGCCCUCCGUGCUGCCUCGAGCCGUGUCCGAGUACAUGAUCGGGAGUAUGGCCGAUUUUUCGGCGUCGGCGGGUGCUGCUCCCACCGCCACCACUGCUCUCGCUCCCGGUGGUGGUGUUAGUGUUAGCGGCGACGACCUUGCGGCGUCGCCGUCGCCGUUGCCGAAGGCGGCGCCGGCGGGCGGUGAGGCCGCGGCGUGCCCCGCUGGCGAAGCUUCUGCUACGUCGCCCGUUCCUGCCGCCGCUGCCGCUACGGCGGCAACACCGGCGACCUCACGGGGAGGCAGCGGCCGGCAGGGAGGGGGCGCUGGCCAACUCUCAACGAGUACGUCGGCACCCUCUGGCGCCACCACCGCGCACCCCGCCCCGCCUAUCACCGACACCCCGCCGCCGGAGCGGCUCACGGCAGCGGCAACGGCGACGGCGGCAUCGCCUCGACCGUCGUCUUCUACCGGUGCGGCUUUGUGGAAGGUGCACCCGCCAUUAACGGCGGCAGCGGCGGUGGCGGCCGGACCUCCACCACCGUCCCAGCUGCCGACGCUUCGGUCCUUAACCGUCUCCCCGGAGGCGUCCAGGUCGCACAGCUUCUCGGCCAGCGAGCUCGGCGGCGGCGGCGGCGGCGGCGGCACGCGUGAAGGGAGCGGCGAGAUGGCUCACGGCGGGGUCGGCGACGGCGGUACCACCGGCAGCGGCGGAAGCAGCGGCGGGGUCGGGGGGACCGGCAGCCGGUCGACCCAGUCGCCCUCGAGAGCCCGCCUGGUCCCGGUGAUGCGGGGCUGGUCGGCCGGAGGGGUGGGCGGCGGCGGGCCACUACUGAGGGGCAGCUCUAGGGGCGGCCACGGCGCUGGCGAAGGUGGCAGCAUGGGAUCAUUGGGCUGGGGUGGCGUUGGCGGAAGCGCGUUUAACUCCGCCUGGUCCCCGUCGGUGACGAUGAGCACGGGGAUAAGCAGGGGCCGGCUCGCGACGUCGGCAAGGUUGGGGGUGGGGGACCCCGGGCAAACGGGCGGUGCUGCUUCUGCCGCCCGCCCUCUGGCCUUCAAGCAAGAGGAAAUAAUGGUGGAGAUGACACCGCUCGGACGAAUACCCGGCGCCCGCGUGAUCCGCUACUUGGGGAGCGUGAGCCUGCACUUUAUCAAGGAAAGCUGGGCGGCAUCCCGGGGGGGGGAGGUGGCGUCCUUCUUCCACGAGUUCGUCAUGGAGGUACACGCUGUCCUACGCGCCAACGUGGCGGCUCUAGGGGGCAACGCUCUGCUGUCCUACAGGCUCCUGCCGCAGGAGUCUGGGGGCAAGGUCUACAAGAAUCAGGUGUACAACAUGAUCAGCGUGAGGGGGGACGCGGUGGUGGUCGAGUACGACCGCCCGGCUAUGGACGCGUCACUCGCGAACGACCCCAGGAAGUCCCAGGCGACGUACGUGAAAAUGGAAGGGCUACCAGAGGAUGGCGUCACGAGUCCCGUCAGAGGCGUUCUCGGGGCGGGGUCUGCAGGUUCGGUCGCAGCGGCGCCAGCGGUGGCGGACGUAGCAACGCCUGCCGUGUCGAGAACGACCAGCGCCUCUCACGCCGCUCCAUACCGAGACGGGAGCAGCGCGUCGAGGGAAAUGAGCGGAGGGUCCGCGUAGUAGGUUGACGUUCUACUUCUAGAAGUAUUGGGCUUGCAGAUACGCGGGGCUGGUGCACGCGGGCGUCGCCAAAAGUUCGUUUGCUAGCCUCACUCAAGUGUGUUUUUUUGCCGUUGACCGCAGAGUAUGUGUUCUAGACUCAGAGUCCGUAGGUCCUUCAUCGCCAACGUCCGAACGCUCUCAGCGUCCCUCGCGGAUUGUACGGGGCCUAAGCGAUCAUACUGUAAAUCAGUAGUUAGUUUACUGAUUUGAGACCCGGUUGAUAUUCGGAUCUUACAGGGUUUUCGAACGUUUUGUCGGUACGACUUCCAGUAGGUAAGACUCAGGAAAAUGCCGCGAGGGUGUCGUGUGUCACGGCCGUGGUCUUCUUCAGCGUGUUCUGCAGCGCUAGACACAAAAGCAUGUACUUUCGAAACACCCCGAGCACUUCCGCAACUCAAUGAAACCACUAUUAGCGCCGUAGGCUGGUCUCUCAGGCUAUUCUGCUCCGUAGGAGCCCGCGAGUCACGGGAGAUCACCGCGUUGCGUGUAAUUCCGUCGUGGUAGUUGUCGGCGUCUUACUGUAGCUGCGAUCACAAGAUAUCACCGCAUACAUGAAGGUUUGCGUUGUGUUUCCGUCAAGCAAUCGUCGCCGUCGUCGUAUUGGUCGCGAUUGCGCAUGAAUUCCGAAUUCCCGAUGUCGUUGCUCCGCAGCUUGGACCGGUGUGUGCGUGCGUGCUUGGGGGAUUUGAUCUGGGUGGACCUCGCAAGAUAUACCACUCGGGCGCACUUGUGACUAUUCCUUUUCGUGCACAGGUCCCCGUUCUGUCUUCAGUUGGUGUUGGGACAUCCGAGGAUCACGCUGUGUCCCACAUACCCCUCCUCCCGGCGACCUCGGUGUCUUUAUGUUAGUUCGUGAAG